GAAAACUAAGAAAUUAGGAAAGCCUCAGACGUGUUCAGUCAGCAGGAAUCGUCCCAUUUCUAGUACUACUACACUAAAAAUGAAGCGGUCGCCGGCGAUCUUGAAAAACCGGCGAGGAGGUGGUUUAGGAUUUGCUGCAAUAGCUUACAUCGGAGUAGACUAUCUUCGGUUCAUAUCGCCGGCAUGGCAUGCCCGGUUACAGCCAGCACUGUGGUCUGUAUUAGCAGUCGCAGCUAUUAUUCGGGUCCCAUUUUACAAACAUUGGUCAUCGGAGCUCCGUUCAGCUAUUCCCUUUAUCUGUGCAAUGCUUUUCUUGCUCUCUGCUCUUCUCUUUGAAGCUAUUUCUGUUCGCUCUGUCACUGCCGUUCUUGGUCUUGAUUGGCACAAGGAUACACCACCUCUUCCUGAUGUUGGUCAGUGGCUCCUGCUAUCCUUGAAUGAGAAACUACCCCAAAUGGUUGUAAAUAUAUUGAGAGCUCGGAUAAUUGGAUUACAUCAUUUUCUGAUGCUGUUUAUCAUGCUUGCUUUCUCUGUGCUCUUUGAAUCGGUUGAAGCUCCUGGUCUUGGGAUUGGCGCAAGAUUCAUGUUCACGAUGGGAAUUGGAAGACUCCUUCGGGCCAUAACUUUUAUCUCCACAAUUCUACCAUCUGCUCGACCAUGGUGUGCAUCUGCUAGAUUCCUUGUUCCUCAGCACCCGCAUCCUUGGGUUCAGAAAUAUUACGUACCAUAUGCCACCGAUUCAAAUGCAAUACGGAACAUCAUUAACUGGGAUGCAGCAUAUGCUGAUCCUGGGGAAUACGAUGCUGAGUUUCGACCAAAUUGGGGUCCAAUGAGCUUUUUGAUUGAUUUCCUUCGGCCUACAGCUCCUGAGGGAUCAUCUGCUUGGUAUCAUCUGUUAAAGAAAGCGUCAGGAGGUUGCAAUGACCUUAUAUAUAGCGGCCACAUGCUUGUUGCUGUGCUGACAGCUAUGGCAUGGACGGAAGCCUAUGGUGGCUAUAGCUCAGCACUCAUCUGGAUUUUUGUGCUGCAUAGUGCUCAAAGAGAAAUACGGGAACGCCAUCAUUACAGCGUAGACGUUUUUGUGGCCAUCUAUGUGGGCAUAAUGCUUUGGAAGAUGACGGGUCUUUUCUGGCCAAUGAAGGAUGAAUCAAAGGGUAGGAGGCUACGUAAGCUCGAGAAGAUUCAGGGUAGGCUAAUGCGAGCUGCCAAGGACGAUGAUAUAGAGGAAAUAAGAGAACUCCUUAAGGAAGUGGAAGUGAGCAACCAAGUUAGGGAAAACACCAGAAGCAAAGCAAUGUGGCUCUUUGCUGGUGGAACCAUUAUUUUUACUCUUACUAUCGUUCUUCUUGCCUUCACAUUGACCAGCGACGGGUAAGACAACCAACGAAAUGUUCUACCACGGUAAGAUGUUUAGAAGGCACAGAAUUUGUAGCAGUAGGCCAGAAUAGGCAUUCCACUGCAGAUGAUGUUGUUUGUUUGUUUGUAAUGCUUUGGCUUUAAAUUAUUUUUUGUUUUUAAUUUUUUCUUUCCUGGUGGGUGGUGGGGUAUUAUGAGAGAUGGUAUCUGCUCACUUAUUGCCAGAUAUGAAGAAGAGAAAUUGACUUUGUAUUGGAUACCUCCUUUUGUGUUUAAGCUGCAAGUGAUUUUUGAUUAUCAACUGCGUCUAAAUGUUUUCUA